AAUUUGGUGGGUGGUGUAUUUAUGAAACCUAAUAAUGACCCGUGUAUUAAAACUAUACCAUUAUAGGCCAGACCAACAACGCAACUAUGGACGCUUAUAUAUGUAGACAUCUUUUUCCUUGUGAAAAUCAAAUCAAACAACACACACAUACAUACACACACCAUGGCAGCAAUGGAUGGUUUUGAAGGAGAGUUGAAGGAAUUGAGGGAGGUUUUCAAAAGUGGAAAGACAAGAGAAGCAUCAUGGAGGAGAGCACAACUACAUGGGAUACUCUCUCUCUUCAAGGAGAGAGAAAGUGACAUCUUGAAGGCCCUCAAUCAAGAUUUGGGAAAACAUCAUGUAGAAGCUUAUAGAGAUGAGAUUGGAACGGUGAUCAAAUCUGCAAACUAUGCACUCGGAAACUUAAAGAAAUGGAUGGCUAGCAAAAGUGCUAAAUUACCGCUAGCUUCAUUCCCCGCCUCGGCGAAGUUGGUUCAGGAGCCUCUUGGUGUUGUACUCAUCAUAUCAGCUUGGAACUUUCCAUUUGGGUUAUCGUUUGAACCAAUUAUCGGGGCGAUAGCAGCAGGAAAUGCAGUAAUCCUAAAACCUUCCGAGCUAUCUCCCACAUGUUCUUCGGUUCUCGCCAACACUAUCCGUGAUUACCUUGAUAACUCGGGUAUUAAGGUCGUUGAAGGCGGUUCCGACGUUGGUGAAAAUCUUCUUCGGCAUAAAUUUGACAAAAUUUUCUUUACAGGUGGUCCAAGAGUGGGUGAAAUUGUUAUGACAGCUGCUGCUAAAUUUCUGACUCCUGUGACUCUGGAGUUGGGUGGAAAAUGCCCUGCCGUGGUUGAUUUCAUCUCUAGUUCUUGGGACAAAAAGAUCGCGGUGAAAAGAAUUAUUUGGGGCAAAUAUGGAGCGUGUGGCGGACAAGCUUGUAUCGCAAUUGAUUACAUUCUCACACACAAAAAAUUCGCACCAACGUUGGUGGAACUAUUGCAAAAAUACAUCAAGAAAUCAUUUGGAGACAAUCCAAUGGAAUCUCAUAGCCUUGCUAAGAUAGUCAACAAGAGACACUUUUCACGACUAAAACAACUUUUAGAGGAACCUGGUGUUAAGUCUUCGAUCGUUUAUGGUGGUAAAUCAGACGAACAAAAUUUAUUCAUCGAGCCGACGAUAUUGCUUGAUCCUCCACUUGAUUCCUUGAUCAUGACGGAAGAAAUCUUUGGCCCAUUGCUUCCAAUAAUCACCUUGGAAAAAAUUGAAGAUAGUGUUGAGUUUAUAAGGGCAAGGCCAAAUCCACUUGCUGUUUAUGGUUUCACAACCAAUCAAAACCUCCAAAAAAAGAUGAUUGCUGAAACUUCAUCAGGAGCCAUUACCUUCAAUGAUGCCAUCAUUCAAUAUGUAGCUGAUACAUUACCGUUUGGAGGAGUUGGGGGAAGUGGGUUUGGAAGAUACCAUGGAAAAUACUCGUUUGAAACUUUCAGUCAUGAGAAGGCGGUAAUGAGGAGGGGAUAUCUUAUUGAUUUUGGAUUCAGAUAUCCUCCCUGGAAUAACAAGAAAUUGCAGCUGCUUAAAUCUGGUUUACGAUAUGAUUACAUUACACUUGUUUUGAUUAAGUUAGGUUUAAAAAGUAAAGCUUGUUAGUUUUAAUUACCUACCCACACUAUAUGUUAUUAUUUGUUUGAAUGCUCUUGUUUUUUUUCAUGUGCAACUGUUGGAGCCAAGGACGUAUAAGUUAAUUUGUUAUGUGUGGAUUAUAUGGAGUUAUAAUGUGAAAAUUUUAUAUUUA